CAACAUUCCCGUCUGAUAAAACCCCGCAUUCGUGAAUGUCCCAGUGUUUCGUUGCAGCUAACUUAACUUAGCUUAACCGAACACCUCAAAGUUACAUUUUAAAUUUCUCUGGAGUGAAAAUGAAGAGAUCCUUGGUGUUCUUGUGCUUGGUAUUUGGUUUAGUUUGGCAAAGUGGAGCCUGUCAAGGUGCCUCCAACUCUUCAAAUGUCAGCUUGUCUUACCAGACUGAUUACGCUUGGCUGGAACUCACUCGAAGUCUGCCAAUAAAACUGACUCUCUUCAAAGUCGAGGACAAUGCUGCCCAAGUAGAGGUUGGAACGAUUGAUAUUGCCACCAACGCCACGGAUGUUCAAGGAGAUAUCUCGCAGCAAUCCGAAACAGAGUCACUACAUUCUUUGGACAUCCACUUUGACCACCACCAAUCCGGGACUGGAGUCGACCUGGACAAAUUGAAGAUCCAUUUGGAAAUAACGAGUUUCAAGAACACUUCAAAAUGGGAAUUAUCCAGUAUGAACUUGGAAUUCCAGGGAAAACGCACGUCCAAUUGUUCAUCGAGUUGUGAUCUGAACUCCUCCAACGAUAUCAUCGUGGCUCCAAAGCCGGGGUACACCUCUAAUCCGGCAGACAAGAUCUGCACAAAGGGAUACACCAUUUGUGCAGCCAAGACCUUGGCAUGGACUUGCUAUGACCAGACUCUUCAACCCCGGGUUUUGAAUGAGACCCAAUACGUCUUUGGGAUUAGCAUGUUUGGCAUGAGAUUGCAGCCCUUCUAUGGCGUCAAUGACACCGUCCAGAGGUUUGGAUAUCGUUGGGACUGUGAUCCACUUAUCAGUGUGGCCCUUUGGCAAGGACUCUUGGUAUCCUUGUUCCUCAUCAUGGUCACGAUUUGGGGGUUCUCUUUCCUGAACUCGGCCAAGACUCCUGCUAGAUUUGAUAACCCAAAGGACAAAUCCAUCUCGGUUCCUCAGACAGAAUAGAAUGAGAAGGGAAGCAGACCAGAAUUUGUUCUCGAAAAAAGGACGGUCUUUGAAGCGUGGAAUGUUGAUUCUCUUUCAAGUAUUUUCUUUCCAUUCAAGACAGAAAUUGACCGGUUCCACCCAGGACACUCUCUCUUGGAAAAACUGAAUUAUUCCCCUGUUUAAAGUCCACAUUCAAGCUUGUUUACAUUGGGGAUCUAAGUGACCAAGAAACGCUUUUCACUGGCUGUUCCCUCCCCUCUCCUCCCUCCUCUUUUCAUCCCAGUAUCCAUAUGCACACAUAUCAAGUGAUCGAUACCCUCUUGGAACCAUGGUGUGAACACUCUAUAAAGACAUUUAUUCUUCUAGACCAAAUAUGAUUGACAAUGUAUCAUUUUAGUUAUUUUUCAAUUGUAGAAUCUAUUAGUAUCAUUAUUAUAUAUAAUAUGUAAUCAAGAUUAGAAGGUGCACAACAGUUCUA